AGAGUGCAAUUGGGCCUUUCCCAUCAAUGAACCGCUUAAAAGCAUUCACGAGUUAUGUUCUGACGUGCAAACUUCUCAAGUGAGAAAUAAUGCUCCUCGAGUUUGCGGGUUCACGGUGUGUGAAUCUGCAUUGUUUUCUGCAUUUUCCCUGCUGCUUCCGUCGAGACGCUUCCAUUCGCACAAUUUGACCCCCGUUUAAGACGCUUCUCGCGGGCACCUUCGUUUCAUUCUGCCGCUGGACGCGUCCUCAGCAUCUUCGUCGUCGUCCUGCCGCGGAAAAAGAGGCAAGAAUGCUUGGUCUGGCCGCUGUACUUCUGUUUUUUGCGUCGCCCGCGAUUGUUGGCGCACAGUAUCUGCCGCCGUCGCACCAUAUGCCAGGUUUCCAUCCUUCAUACCACGACGAGUACAGAAAUUACGGCCCUGACAAACGGAUCGUCUCCUAUGGAUACCGAUUUGGCGACGCAUACCACAAAGUUGAAGUCAACUUUAACCGACCUUCAGCUUUUGGAGUCUACGGACCGCCAUACGGUGUGCCGAUGCGGCCUUCCAGCGUUCCUGGAGUAGCGACCUGGGGCUCGAAGCCCGCGAACCACGGCUGGACUCAGUUGAACCCGGUGCAGAGGCCGGUGCACCAGAGCAUGUGGACCAUGCAGCCGCCGAGCCUGGUGGCCCCCACCUACGACUACCUGUGGCCGGGUAGGCGGUGACGCGACAAUCGACGAAAACCACGCCAUUCAUCCAUUGACUACGAUUUAAAUUAACAAACUGUUUUGUUGUAUUUUUCCUCUCAAAGUUUGAAACCUGAACAAAUUGAAACAGACCUUUCGGAGGAAUUUUGGGCUCUCUCUGAUAAUUUAAUUCACAGAUUCGAACAAUAAAAUCGAAAGCUAUUUUACCUUAAGGUCUGUUUGUUUUUGAUAAACUUUGAGACGUGUUUUAUAUUCAGUCAAGCGGCUGUAAAUAAAUUAUCAUUUUGAAGCGGAAAAAGGUCAUAUAAACCUAGC